AUGCGGACAGCGCGCGGGGUGUGCUUGUUGGGCGUGGCCCCAGAGUCUCGGCGACCGUCCAUCGGGCAAGGUACCCCGACCCGUCCGGAGGCGUGGGCGGUGCUGCGGCGCGCGAGGUCGAGCCCGGUGUGCCGGUGCCUGACGGGGACUGUGCGCAAGUUGGGCUGCCGGCUGGCUCUGACCUCUUUGCCGCCGGAGGUGCUUGACGUGAGGUGGGAUGUGGUCGUCGGCGGCGGGCCGAGCAGGGCAGGUCCCGGGGAGCCGGGGCGGAUGGGCGCCAUAUACACGACGACCGCACUCGCGCCCGCGGGGGGCGAAGCGGUGGACGUGGCGGUGCACGAGAUGAACCGGACGACGGGAAGAUCUGAUGCCACAACCAGUCUUCUCUACCGAGCGGCGCCAUGGCUGUCGGCCGACGAGCGCCUCACCGCGGCUGCUGGCCAACAAGGAAAAGGGGAGCACGGGUGCUAG